AUGACUCUCCUUUCAGCGAGGCGAGUAACAAGCCGGGUCUGGACCUUGGCCCCUAGUUACAGCUUCGCUCUUCAGGCUCGAAACUACGUAACUCAUCUACCCGGCCAGCCGACAGGCAAGAAGGAACCGCAGUUCCGCGAUUACUUCGUCUCACAUUUACCCUCUUCCUCGCUCCAUCCGGACCCCCGCGGUCCGACCUCACCGUUCCAUAAACUCCCUCGAUCUGAAUCUACACCACAUACGGGAGCUACGUCACAAUCCCCAGCUUCGUUCCAAGCUUUGAUAGACCGCGAGACAACGGUAGUCAGGAUUCCACUUCGCAGCGCGAAACACCAUUUCGGCGCCGUCACUGCUCGUGGCACCCGGCCUUCAAAUGAAGAUACGUACCAGGCUGGCGUCAUUGACAUCCCGGCCUUUGCGAAGCGCCCUCCAGCUUCGCUAACGAUCAAGCGGCUAUAUAAACAGGACCCUCUAGCUAAAUACAGCGAAUCGCGAGGGGCAGAAACGGCUAGUGGGGAUCCGCAGGUCUUCUACUUUGGUGUUUUUGACGGUCAUGGCGGAACCGAGUGCAGUUCCUUUUUGAGGGACUAUCUUCACGAGUACAUUCAGAACGCGGCAUUGGAUAUCGACCUGCAAUCCAGCCUCCGACCUGGCGCCGAGGUUCCUCCUACCACCAGUGAACUGCCAGUGAUGCAAGAAGGCGACCGACGCAGAAUCGGCGAUUUAGAGAAAUACCUUGUACAGAACUGGAGACGGAUCGUCGGAGGAUACUUCAAAAGAUUCAAGCCGCCACAUUUCGCCUACCAUGGGACCGAGUCCACCGACCCAACUAUUGCAAACCAUGUUUCUAUCGAAGAAGUCCUGGAAUAUGCUUUUCUCCGUGCAGAUUUGGACUUUGUCAAAGCCCAAGCAGCCAAGCAAGACGAUGACGUGGUACAAGCUGAGCGACCUUUGAACGAAGAUGAAAUCUUCCACAGACCUAGCAUGACGCGAUCCCCCCAGAUUGGCGGACGUGCCCGCUUCAAGGGUGGUAGCACUGCAAGUGUCGCGAUGAUCUCAACCCCAACCCCAACUCCCUUCUGGCACCCAAUGGCCCCAUCAAGUCUUCUAGUCGCUCACGUCGGCGACACCCGAAUGCUUCUAUGUUCAACUGAAACAGGCGAAGCCAUCCCUGUGACCUCAAACCACCACCCCUCCUCUCCAAUCGAGGCUAGCCGACUCCGGCGGUACGCCGCAACGUUCGUCACGGACUCUUUCGGCGAAGAGCGCAUGAGCGGACUAGCCAAUACCCGUGCCUUCGGCGAUGUCCACUCGAAACGCAUUGGUGUCUCCGCUGAACCGGAGCUCAAGCGCAUAGAGCUGGGACCCGCGGAGUUCUCGUUCCUAGUCAUGGUCUCCGACGGUAUCAGUGGCACCCUCCUUGACCAGGAGGUCGUUGAUAUCGUCAAAGAGUCCAAGACUCCUGAGCAGGGAGCCCGGGAUGUGGUCAAUUUCUCGACCGAGGUUACCAAGGAAGGUGACAAUGCUACAUGUCUCGUCAUUCGGCUUGGUGGUUGGGAGCGUCGUCUUGAAGGCGGUGUUGGGAGUUUGGGAACUAAGGAGUCUCGCGAGUGGCGCCGGCAGGAUGCCACUGAUCCGCGCAGGUCACGGACAUGA